CUCACUCAGAAGCAGCUGUUGGCAGUGAACGCACCGCCAACGGGUCCUCGAACGCGUCCUGUGAAGGAGGGACCGCUGCCGCCUUCGUUUCUCAACAUGUUUGCAGAUGAUCCACAUCUGGAUGGUCUCUGGAGACCGGACAGUGCCAGCCAGCCAUGCGACAGCCCCCCAGUGGCUGCUGGGAGGGCGGGGCUAACAGAACUCCAGCCCAAACCCCCCGGUGAACGGAGUGGCUCCCCCUACUGGCGGCGGGUUGUUACUGCAGCCCCCCCCCACCUGGCCGGCCCCGGCUGGGCUCAGGAGUCGUUGGGCAGGCCGAACAGCUUGACCGUGCCGGCCUCCCGGUUGCUGUCGUACUUGCCCUCCUUGUCGUCGCAGGCGGGGCGCUUGGGGUGCCAGGCCACCGUGAAGUGGUCCUCGGAGGCGGAGGCCAGCAUCCGGCCGUCGUGGCUGAAGCUGAGCGUCCUGACGGGCCAGUCCAGCCGGGAGAAGCAGCGCACGCACACCAGCUCCUCCACGUCCCACAGGCUGACCAGCGCGUCGGCGCUGCCCGUGGCGAAGAUGUUGAUGCAGCCGUUGCCGUUGGUGAGGAAGAACAUGUCGUUGUCGUUGUUCCAGGAGAUCUCGUUCACCUCGAACUUGAACUGCUCCUCGGCCUUGGAGCGGUGCGUCUUGGCGUCGAUGAAGGUCACCACGUCGUCCUUGUUGCCCACGGCGAUGGACGAAAACGCUCGCCGUUUUGUCAAAAGACCCGGACGCGAGUCUUCUGCCAUCGCAGCUCCACGCCACCGAGUGGACCUUGGCAGUGUGGGCCGGGAACUCGCGACUUUUGUUGUUAUUUCUGAAGCUCUCCUGCAUUUCUUGGUAGUACUGCGACGCCAUCUUGGAUUUGGGAACCGGACGCGUUACCGCCACACUCUGCCGUUGACCGGUGACGGGGGCGUGUGCUUGCCGGACAGUGAGCUGCUGGACCUCCUCUCCCGGCCGGCGUCGGAGCUCUUCCUGCGGGCCACGGCGGGCCCCGGGCCGGAGCCCCUCCUGUCGGGGCUGAGGCGGGGCCCCGCCGGCGGGGGGGGCGCGCUCAGCCCCGGGGGGCCGUCCGGCUCGCGGCCAGAGUCGCUGCUGACCGGCCGGCCGCUCAGGCUGUCCGAGGACGAGACCUGGCUCAUCCCGCCCUCGUCUGGGGAGCGGAGCAUGGGGAGUCCAUUUAAAAGUCUGCCAGUCUGCUCAGAGCAGGGCCAGGAUUCAAACCAGCAACCAAACCGGCCCAAACAUCUCAUCAUCCUCCUCUACGGAUGUCCAGCCUCCCUCUCGGAGCUUCAUCUGCUGGGAUAUGGAAUGGAAAUCAGCCUGAAGCCGAUUUCAGACCGGAAACAUGGAGACUCACGCACCGGGCGGAGGAGUAAAAGGUGGCUGCACCUCCUCCUCAUAGUAAAAGUGAGGCUGCACCUCCUCCUCAUAGUAACAGUGAGGCUGCACCUCCUGCUGGUGCUGCAGGCGCUCCUCCUCCAGGGUCUUGCUGGCGGCGGCCAGGUCCUCCAGGGCUUUGAGCAGCUGCACGCUGGGCUCAGCGCUCUGCAGGAGCAGCAUGCUCUGCCGGUUGGCCUCCUUCUGCUUCACCAGCAUCUGCGGGGGGGGGGAAAGAGGAGCGGGAGGAGCCGGUCCAGCUGCUCCUUCAUGCCCUCGAACUCCUGCGUGGCCAUCAUGGAGACUGGAGGAAGAAGAACAGCCGCUCAGGCCUCUGACGGGGUUGGGGAGCCGUCGGGGGGGCAGAGACUCACCCCGGUUGAAGCGUUUGAGGGUUUUGCUCUGCUGCUCCACUGUCUGGCGCAGCUGCUCCAGCUGGGCCCGGUCGGCCUGGGCCUGCGCGCUCAGCUCCUCCAGGUGGCGCUGGCGCUCCAGCAGCUGGCACGCCAGGCUCUUCUUCUCCUCCAGCAGCCCGCCCACCGCCGCCCGCAGCUCUGA